AUGAUGGCGGUGAGCGCGUGUCACCUGGAGUCGGACGCCUUCCUCGUGUGUAUGAGCCACGCGCUCAGCACAGAGAAAGAGGAGGUGAUGGGGUUGUGCAUUGGCGAGCUGGAGGCCACCCGUGUGGUGCACAUACACUCUGUGAUCAUCCUGCGGCGCUCAGACAAACGGAAGGACCGUGUGGAGAUCUCCCCAGAGCAGCUGUCUGCAGCCAGCACAGAGGCAGAGCGGCUGGCUGAUAGCACGGGCCGGCCCAUGAGGGUAGUGGGCUGGUAUCACUCCCACCCCCACAUCACCGUGUGGCCCUCGCAUGUAGACGUGCGCACACAGGCCAUGUACCAGAUGCUGGACCAGGGUUUUGUGGGGCUCAUCUUUUCCUGCUUCAUUGAGGAUAAAAACACACGCACAGGCCGUGUGCUCUACACCUGCUUCCAGUCCACAGCCAAAGGCUCUGACUUCGAGCGGCUGGAGAUCCCCAUCCACGUGCUGCCCAGGGAGGCCAUAAGCAAGGCCUGCCUGGACUCUGCCGUGGAGCUGCCCCGGAUCCUGUGCCAGGAGGAGCAGGACACGUACAGGAAGAUCCACGCCCUGUCCCAUCUGGACCCUGUCACACGCAUCCACAACGGCUCUGUCUUCACCAAGAAUCUGUGCAGCCAGAUGUCAGCUGUGAGCGGGCCCCUGCUGCAGUGGUUGGAGCACAGGCUGAGCCAUAACCAGGUGUGCAUUAGCCAGCUGCAGAGAGAGAAGGAAGCACUGAAGGAGGAGCUGGCCAACCUGUGA